AUGUUUGAAAGGGAUCGUUUGAAAAGAAAAGCAAUUUUGUCGGAUUUAAGUGAAGAUUGGAGCCAGUAUAAACAUUAUAGGAAUAAUGUCAACAUUGCAAUGCGUGAAGCUAAGAAAGUUUACUACAAAAGCAAAUUUGACAAACAUCAAAACAAUCCAAACCAGGCUUGGAGGACGAUUAAUGAUAUCCUUGGGAGAAAAAAGAAGGACACAAUGAUUAACGAAUUAAAGCUAGGAAAUGAUACAAUUACUUCUCCUAUGAGAAUGGCUAAUUGUCUUAAUGACUAUUUUACAAGUAUUGGUGGUAAAAUUGGAGACUCCUGCUCUGAACACACUCAGAAUUUUGGCAGGCAUAUGAGUGAUAAUCUAAAUACUAGUUUGGAAUUUACUUUGCAUCCUGUUAACGAAUCACAG